AUAAAAAUAUACUGUAGACAAAACAUGGCCCAUAGAAGCUCCAAUUUAAUCUUCGGUGGGCCGGCGUCUACUUCCGAGUGAAGGACUAAUGAGUUUAAGGAAGAGCAUCGGCGCGUUGUUGUUAAUGGCAACGACAGGGAGCGGAGAGGGUGGUUCAAACCCAGAGCCCGAGGACCUCCACUCUUUACUUUCCCAGCAACACGACGAGCUCAUGGCGGCCCACUCGCUCGAGUCCGAUCUUGACUUAGCCUUCCGUCUUCAACUCCAAGAAGCCCUCUCCGCUUCCCUUUCUCUCCAAACUUCCCAACCACCGGAUCAACCCUCAGCCCCUCCCGAACCUCCCCUUCAAAACGACACCGUCUUCUCCUUAACAUCCCAAGAACUCUCCAAACUCCAACAAGAAUCGCUUGAUCACAAACGCUUCCUCCUCGAAACCCAGAAACUUAAGGAAGACCUCGCGCGUCGAGUCCACGACGAGAAAUUCGCGCGUCGGAUAGCGAGCAUUCCCGAGGAUCAAUGGGCCGAGUGGGGCGAUUGCUUUGAACGUCCGUUCGGGGAAGGGUGUUCGAAGCAACUGCGAUUGGAAGAAACCGACAGCGAAAACGAGGGCUUUGACGUCGCUUCUGACGACGAAGACGACGAAUGUGAAUUUCGUAUUUACUUCAAGGGAUUGAUUAGUGAAGAAAAGGUUGAGAAUGAGAAAUCGAAUUAUGCGGGUGUCGGAGUUGCGAUUUGUGAUUUUAGGGAUAAUUUGAUUUUGGAAAUCAAGAAGCCAUUAAUUGGCGUUGGGUUGAGUAAACAAGCGGCUGAGCUUAAGGCGUUGAUCGAAGGGCUUAAUGCUGCUUUAUCUUUGGAGCUUAACAGGGUUCAAUUUUGCUGUGAUUACUAUCCCAUUUAUCAAUACGUUACUAGGAGAUGGCCAUCAAAGCAGAGGAAGAUUUCAAUUUUAGUUAAUCAAGUAAUACUUCUUCAAGGAAAAUUUACUUAUUGCAGCCCCAUACUUGUUGCACGUAAGGAUAUUAAAUAUGUGUUUAAACUUGCAAGGGAAGCAAUAGUUUCUCAGAUCAUUGGACCUAUAGAACAAAACCAUGGCAAGACUGUGAAAGAGAAUUGUGUUAUCUGCUUAGAAGAUACUGAUUUUGGGAGCAUGUUUUCAGUCGAUGGGUGCAUGCACCGAUACUGCUUUUCUUGUAUGAAACAGCAUGUGGAGGUGAAGUUGCUUCUUGGGAUCGUGCCCAAAUGUCCUCAUGAGGGCUGUAAGUCCGAGCUUAUUGUUGACAGCUGUAGAAAAUUCUUGACCUCUAAAAUGAUUGAGAUAUUGAAACAACGAAUAAAGGAAGCUUCAGUUCCUGUCACAGAGAAAAUUUAUUGCCCAUAUCCUAGGUGCUCAGCCUUAAUGUCAAGAAGUGAGGUUUCUGAAUACGCUAAAGAUGCGCUUGGAGUUGAAAGAUCUGGAGUGAGGAAAUGCCUGAAAUGUCACGGCCUUUUCUGUAUCAACUGCAAGGCUCCUUGGCAUAGUAACAUGACAUGUCAAGAUUUCAAAAGAAAGAAUCCUCAUCCCCCAGCAGAAGAUCUUAAGCUGAAGUCACUUGCAACAAUGAAUUUGUGGCGCCAGUGUGUGAAGUGCAACCACAUGAUAGAACUUUCCGAGGGUUGCUACCACAUGACUUGCAGAUGUGGGCACGAGUUUUGUUAUAAUUGUGGGGCUGAGUGGAAGAACAAAAAGGCAACUUGUUCUUGUCCGCUUUGGGAAGAGAAUUUCAUUUGGCAUGAAAAUCUAGACUCCGAUGAAGAGGAGGAAGACGAAGAGGAAGAGGAAGACCUAGAAGACUCUGAUGAAGAUUGGUUCGAUUUCUGAGGACGCUUAACUGGUUUUGACUCUACCUUCUCAGUUCUCACCCUUCUAUCCCCUCUCCUUGGCUAAUUGCAAGUUUGGUAACUUGUCGGACCAUUUAUGUGUAUAACUUGGAAGUGUUGCAUAAACAUUGUAUUAGUCACUUGGUAGUUUGGUACAGUUCAGCUGUUUUGAUGAUGUGGGAUGAAGUCCUCUGGUUGCAAUCAAAUCGGUGUGGUUUGUACUUUUAAGUAGAAUUUUAAAACUCAGUUUAAUAAAUGAGUUAAACUAAAAGAUAUUGAUCCCAUUUUGAUUAUACGUAAGAACAAGAUUGAGACGCUUGUGAAUAAAUUGGAUAAAAAAACAUAAAUUCCAUUAGAAAUCUAAUUUUUAAUGC